AACCACGUGUCGGUUUGGGAGCAGAAAAGAGGAAUGAAGGCUGAAACCUAACAAAACCCGAGUUCAAAGACGUGCAAGCCCUAAAUGGCCCAAGAAAUAGGAGAACCAAGUUGGCAUUCUGUAGACUUGGUUGAAAUGCUGGUCCAUGUCACCAAAGUGUAAGGUAAACAACGCAACCAAGUUGUCAGUCGGUGACUGCCGGUAUAAAUGAAGACAUAAUAAGAUGCUGCCCUAAACGUCGAUGUCACUUGUGUAACCAACACAUCUACUAAUGCCACGUCGGCUAUCAUACAGUCUUUACCGUGCGAACAAUGUCACUUUUCAAAGCACGCACGCUCGUUACCGCCCUGCUAUUUGCACAAUCAUUCGCUUUACCCGCCCCUGAGUCCAAGCCAGCCCAGCUCGAAGGAAGGAACAUCUGCAACGAUGGCGAGCUUGCUGCCAAGAACCCACGCGCAGCUUUCUUCCGCAAGGUCGUAGACGAGUCAAACUACAGCAAUCACAGCAGAGUACCGACGCCGAAGGAUGUUCCCUUGAAGGUGGGCAUCAUCGGCGGUGGAGCUGCCGGGCUCUACGCUGCAAUUCUUCUCGACUCUCUUGGAAUUGACUACGAUAUCCAUGAGGUUUCUGGUCGCGUUGGCGGGAGAAUCUACACCUACCAUUUCGAUCAAGAGGCUUGGGACAAGUCGACACCCGCAGAUCCUGCCUAUUAUGAUUACUAUGACGUUGGCGCCAUGCGCUUCCCUCCGAUGCCUUACAUGAGUCGCAUCAUUGGAAACGACUCAUGGAGUCUUAUCCCCUAUAUCAACGCAAGAGUUUCUGAGCGCGAUCAAGUCGUCAAGGAACAUUACAUUUUUAGAACGAACAACACAUUCAGGCGAUUCAACGGUGUCACUUCUCUCCUCCAAGACCCCGAUUCUGCCUCCCCUGCUAAGUACGAUGUUCCUGUCUUCAACUCGACCUUUGAGACGCAGUCUGCGUAUAAUGUGUGGAAGGCUCAAGUCAGCACGAUGACGACAGCGCUGUCGGCCAACUUUGACACGGGUUUCAAUCUUCUCAUGAAGUAUGAUUCCAUGACAGUCCGGGAGUUCCUCUUAGAUCAGGGCUUUACCAACACAGAGAUCGACUGGAUGGAGACCAUCAACGACGCCACAGGUCACUACGACAUGUACUCCAUGUCUCAAGCCGUUCUCGAGCAGUGGAUCUUUGACAGCGCAGAUAUCGACAACUGGUCGCUGAUCAACGGCGGCAUGGACAUGUUGACCAAGGGCAUGAACCUCAUCGUGAAGAACAAGCCCAUCCUGCACCACCGCGUCUCCGAUAUCAAGAAAAAUGCCAAUGGCUCCUUGAAGGUCGUCGUCAACGGCACCCAGGAGUAUGACUAUGCCCAUGUCAUCUCGACCGUUCCGCUGGGUGCCCUCCAGGCCAUCAACAUGACCGAGCUAGACCUCAACUACUUCGAAAACAACGCCAUCCGCACUCUCAACUACGACCCUUCGACGAAGAUCGGUUUCAAGUUUAAGACUCGAUGGUGGGAAAACCUCGCUACUGGUCCCUUCAAGGGUGGCCAGUCCUUCACGGAUCUUGCUAUUCGCCGCUGCGUCUACCCCUCAUAUGGCAUCGAUGUUCCAGGUGCACCCGGAACCAUGAUUGCCAGCUACGUCUGGGGCCAGGACGCCUCCAGACUAGGUUCAUACAUGAACCCGCACAACGAGAAGCAACAGGCACCUUAUCAACCAGAGAGCAUUGACGUCAUGGUCGACUUGACUCUGAGAAACCUGGCAGAACUCAACGGCGUGUCUCACGAGUUCCUCCUGUCGCAGUUUGAAGGCUACCACGCGUACGAUUGGUACGGAUCAGCAUACUCCAACGGCGCUUUUGCCAUCUUCGGCCCGGGUCAAUUCAGCAGCACGCUGCCGUGGUUAAUGCGGCCUUCUGCUGAUGGCCACAUGCACUUCGCGGGCGAGGCGUUGAGCUCGGGUCACGCUUGGAUCAUUGGCGCCGUCAACAGCGCAUGGAGAACCGUGUUUGAGAUCCUUUGCACUGAAGGUCUGGAAGACAAGAAGAAGCAGUUCGUUGAGCAGUGGGGUGUCAUCGAUGAAGUUGACAUGGGUUGGUACGACUGGUCUCCGGAGGGGUUCCCGUGAGAGCAGCAGGCUCCAGGUGCCGGCUUGACGCCAACGAAUACAGCCCAGAACUGCGCGGUUCCGUCGUCAAGCUUGCAUCCAUUUUUCUUUGUCUACUUUCCUAUCAAACUUACCAAAAUAUACGUAAUCAUAAUUCUGCAAAGACAAAAGC